CAUAAAACACCCAUUCUCUGUCUUUUUCUCUCCUUCCCCUAACCAUUUAUUCGCUCGUUCAUUCAGUUUCUUUCUUAAAAUUUCUCCCUCUCUCUAUACCCUCUGCUACUUGAGGGAUUUCUUGGGGCGAUCAACUAUUAUGGAUUUAGAUUUCUUGCAAACACUUGAUACUCAGAUUCUUGUUGGUGUAGCUGUUGCUGUCUUGGCCAUUGCUGUUGGUGCUGUCUUUCUUUUUUCCGCUAAGAAACCUAAAGGCUGCUUAGAUCCUGAGAAUUUCAAGGAUUUUAAACUUGUCAAGCGCACUCAGCUUAGCCAUAAUGUGGCGAAGUUCACUUUUGAACUUCCUACACCUACUUCAGUUUUGGGCCUUCCAAUCGGACAACAUAUAAGCUGCAGGGGCAAGGAUAGCCAAGGUGAAGAGGUCAUUAAACCAUAUACUCCAACUACAUUGGAUUCUGAUGUUGGACAUUUUGAGUUAGUUAUUAAGAUGUAUCCACAAGGAAGGAUGUCCCAUCAUUUUAGAGAGAUGCGUGUUGGUGAUCACCUUUCAGUAAAGGGACCCAAGGGUCGUUUUAGGUAUCAACCUGGCCAAGUUAGAGCUUUUGGAAUGCUUGCUGGAGGCUCAGGCAUUACUCCAAUGUUCCAAGUCGCCAGAGCAAUAUUAGAAAACCCGAAGGACCAGACAAAAGUACACCUCAUUUAUGCUAAUGUUACUUAUGAAGACAUUCUUUUAAAGGAAGAAUUGGAUGGCCUUGCUGCUAAUUACCCUAAUCGCUUCAAAGUUUAUUAUGUUUUGAAUCAGCCUCCUGAAGUCUGGGAUGGUGGUGUUGGCUUUGUAUCAAAGGAAAUGAUUAAAGAACACUGCCCUGCACCUGCAUCUGAUAUUCAGAUUCUGAGAUGUGGACCACCCCCUAUGAACAAGGCCAUGGCUGGUCACCUUGAAGCCCUGGGGUAUGCACCUGAGAUGCAGUUCCAAUUUUGAUCCUUCACGGCAAUUUAUCACUUGCAUGGACUCAAUGAAGGACUUCACCGCUCUGUAUUGUUGUUCCUCCUAUUUGGAUAAAACAACCUGUCAUCAGAGAAACUGAAAUGUAAAACUUGGAAUGCUUUGAUUUGUUUUUUAAAAUUUUAAGAAAAUUUUCCGGAAAUUGGAUUUAACUUAGAAAAUGCUGCCUCUUGUUGAAUUAUCUUUGAGAUUGAACAUUUUCUGAAAUAAUGUAAUGUUUACUCACCAA